AUUUUUUCAGAAUUGGAUUUUUGUACUUAUAUUUUAUAUAAUAGUGACUUUUUUUAUUUUAUUUUAUUAAUUGUUUACAAUUGCUUACGAGGUUAUGUUGGCAACAAUACGCGGUCUGCUGAUAGAUAAGAAUACAAAAAACACUUGAAUAGAGGCUGGCUCAGAGGUUAUUGUGACGUUGGUGUUGUUCAAAUUCUGCUUUCCUUAGAUUAAUAAAAUUAACCGCCUUAAAGCAAAAGUGAAUAAAAUAAUGCCAAUAUGAAAGAACACAUAUUAAGAGAUUCAAACUGUUCCCAAGAAAACGAAGAGGAAUCUUAUGAUAGUUACAUCGAGGAAGACUGUGUUACAUCGACUCCAAUUAAAGUUAAAGGAAGGCGGUCAGUUUCACUUCUUGAUAUCUCUGAUAUUAGUUCUUCUUUAGAAAAGAAUAAAAUCAACAUUUACUCAGAUACAAUUGGUAGCAAUUCUUCGCUAUGUAAGGAUUCUGGAUACAAUCAUUCCGAAAGUUCUCUUACAUCAGAUAAGUGUAUCGACAAAGAAGAUGUGCCUUUUGGGGUUGAACUUCGUUCUAAAUAUGUUCGCCUUCUUGAAGAUUUGAAGUUUAAAGAUGUUAUGAUUGCAGCUUUACACCAAUCAAAUCAUAGUCUGAGGCUCAAGAUAGCUGAUGCUGAGAACAAAAUAUCAGAUCUGAGGCUAAAGAGUGAAUCUCAUUGUAAAUGUUGUACUUAUAGAAAUUCUGUGGAAGAAAGUGCAUUUGAUGCCAAACUUCCUGAGAAAAAGAAAUCUGAAACCAAAUACUCAGUCACACCAUUGAUCAGAAAUGAAAACUGUGUUGUGCCAACAGCCUCGCGCCCUAAUAAAUCCAUGUUUUCUUCUCCGAGGCAACGGGAACCUGCUCUUCUACCCAGUGACGAUGCCAUUAUUAAGGUGCAACAAUGGCAGAAUAACUCUUAUCGUGAAUGUCAGAAGAGACUGUUUAAUCAAAUUCCACCUACAGUUUCAUCUCCUCCUUUAGAUCCUCGUAAAAUAUAUAUCAGACCAGUACCAGAGCCUCUGCCCAACACAAUGUCUUACAUGGAAACCUCUAGAGCCUUGGCCGAAACAUAUCGAAAAAGACAAGAGAAAGCACACGAUGUUGUCAGAGUACAGAUGAUAGGUGAUCAGUCUGUGUCAGUUACUCCUAUUCAGUUUUCACAUCGGCAAAGAAUAGAUACCAAUAAGCAAAAUUACUCAGAAAAUGAAAGUACCUUGAAUGAUACAAAGCAAGUAAAUGAAAAAGAUACUGUUCUUCGGUUACAAAAAAGGCACACUCUCUUUGGUAACUUACUUAUUAACCAUCAGAAAUCACCAGGACUUGUCGAGUGCUUGGCGGAGGCAAAUUGCAUGGUUGAAGAUCUCAAUGUAGGUUUAUCAAGGCUCCCCGUAAAUCUGAAUGAUAUAAGGUCAAUUCAAUUAACAUAAUAACUAUUUGAACAAUACAUGUCACUUUAAAAUGUCUACACACUAUGUAUUUAUACUUAUGUACUUGUAACGGAUCAGACUGAAGUCUGUGGCCUUUUAUUUGUAAGAUAUAGUUAAAAGACUGAAUUGCAGAGCUGAAGUGGCACAUUUUUUCAGGGAUAAAGUAACAUUUUUGAAAAUAUCUGUUGUUUACCUACAACUAAAGUUUUAAUUGCUGAAAUAUUCUGUUUACAUAUUGUGCCUUAAGACUUAAAUAGGAAAAUCAAAUUUUAUUGAAGGAGUUUUUGAUAUUUCGAAUAAUUUUCGUAGUAGUAUGUCACCCAAACAGCGCAGUUUUAAUGCAUCAUUAUCUAUGAAUGCAUCUGUAUUGUAAGAUCUUUAUAAGAAUUCUUGUUUUAACAUUUAUUUUUUUAUGAAUUCUGCCAACAUGCAUGUGCUGGCAGUAGUUUAUUUUAUAUAUGUUCUAUAUUUUUUUAUUUUUUUGAGCAUCUAAUUAAUAACUUUGUUAUGCCUUAAUAGUAGUUUUGAAACUAAUGACAUGUUUAUAUAUUGUAUUUAUUGUCUGUAAACCAAAGUAAAAGUCAUUUUGUAGAAAUGACGGUAUGUUUUCAUAAUACUAGUUAUACUAUUUGUAGCCAAAAAAUCUUUUUAGAUUUUCACUGACAGAGAUCUAUGUUGCCUCAUUCAUGCGCAACUUUUAUUAUUUUUCUGUGAUUUGGUUAGUUUUUAAAAUGUUUGAAUUGUAGUGAUAGUGUGUAAAGCCACUAGUUUGUUGUUUUCCUAUUUUUAUAUAUUAGGUUAGGUUAAUGUGUUGUCACAGUUCUCUUAUUAUAUGUUAUAUAAAAUGGGAUAUAUUAUUAAUACUGUUCACUAGGUUAUUUUGUAUGCUCUCUAGAUUUGUAAAUACAUUUAAAAAAAUACAUAGUAGCUCAGAAGUACAAAAAUCUUAAUUAUUAUUCUAUUAUAUUAGAAUGUGAAUUAUUCUAGGUCUAUUUUUUUUAAUAUAUAUAUUUUGAAGUGAAAAGUCUGUGAUAUAAUAUUUUACUCUCAAUUUAUACCUCUUAGAUCAACAGUGGUUAAAUACACUUUUUUUUGUACCAUUCCAUAUUGGUUUGGAUUAUAUAUAAAGAAUUAUUAAUCUAGCACAGAUUUGUAAAUAGUCUGGAUUUUGUGAUUUCUAUGGUAAACAUGUGUUAAAAAUGUUACAGGUGCAUUAUUGUGUAUUUAUUUAAUGCCUGUAUGUUCCUGCUAAGAACUAUACGAUUUUAUUGUGUAUUUUUUAAAAAGUAGGUUACCAUUUUCAUUAUUACUGUUCGUUAGGCAGCUUAAAGAGGAGAAUACUGUAUAGUGUCAUAUGAUUUUUGAUAAUAAUACAAUCUGAAUUAUUAAAAUUGUGAAAGACUGAUAUUUUUCAAUUCUGGAUACAUAGUUGUGCCUAAUCUUUUAAACUAGUGUCUGUCUAGGAAUUGAGGUCUAGUCAGCUUGAUGAAUCUUAGAAGUGUUAUUAAAUCAGUCAGAUAAUGUUAAGUUUAAUAAAAUAUUUUAUAAAAUUUACAAAUUUUAUUACAGGUGUUAAUAUCCUAGGGUUUAGUGAGCUAAAUAUAUUAGAUAUUUGUAAACAUACUCUGCAAUUCAUCAUGUACCGUAUUUAAAAAAAAAAACCAAUGUAUAUAAAUUCGCAUGUUUUAUUUAUUAUUUAUCUUGCAUGUACAUUAUUUUUCUAAAGUAAUCUUUAGAAAAACUCCUAUUAUCAAUUAAUUUAAUUUAAAAGUGUGUAAUGAUCAAUCUACUUUUGUUACCAUUGAAUCUAUUGUUGUAUGCAAUUUUCAGCUUAAUCUUAAAAUAUUAAUUUGCUAAUGAGUAAUGUGUGUUUUAAACACUGAUUAAUUUGAACUAUAUGUUAAUGCCAAGGUUUCUUUGAAAGCUGAAUUUAAAUGAUGGUGUAUUUCUUUAUAUAUUUUAUUUCUUUGAAAUAUUGGGUUUGAAAAACUUUUGUAUCUUUCCCUAAAUUAAUAUCAAAACAUUUAUCAGAUUGGAUUUUUUCCUAAUGGAUAAUUAUUUCCACAAAAGAGUAAUCUUACCUUUUCUUGUUAUGAGAACAUAUGGUGACCAAUGCUUUUAUUUGUUAUCUAUUAUCCUCUUUAUACAAAUUAAUAUUUUCUAUAGUUUCUUAAUUCAUUUUAUGUUAAUUAAGAAGAAAAAGUUACUGUUUUGUUAACAGCAUUCAUUCUUGGAAGUUUCUACUAUUACAACGAUCCAUUACAUGUGUACAAAAAAUAAUAAUUAUGUUGCCAUAUUAUUUUUAGUUAUUUUCUUUUUUGUGAUUGUUACCAUUGAUGCCUAUUAAUCUAACUAAUAUUUGUUCCAUGUAUCAUUUUGUUAUUUUAAUAAAUUUUAUUUUAUUGUUAAUCAAUGUCUCAAUUUUUCAGUGUAAAUAUUGUUUCUUUGUGCCAGUUCAUUGAUUGUUAUAUUUGUCUCUUUUGAUUGAUGUAAAAUAAAAAUCAAUUUUUCCCCACA